UCUCUCCUCUUCCUUUUAUUCAUGUAUAUAUGUAACUUCCCCUGCCCCAACCCCUCCCUUCACCUACACUCAUCCCACUUGACUUUGGUCUCCUUCCUUUUCACCUCCUCUCCCUCUCCAGUCCCCCUCACCCAUGGAUGACCAGACCCCGGACAACAACAACAACAACAGCAGCAGCAGCAACAGCCCGGGCCGUGGCUCCACCCCGGCCUCCGAGCCGGUGCGUUCCCGGUGGACCCCGAAGCCGGAGCAGAUCCUCAUACUUGAAUCCAUCUUCAACAGUGGCAUGGUGAACCCCCCCAAGGACGAGACAGUGAGGAUCCGCAAGCUCCUCGAGAAAUUCGGCGCGGUCGGCGACGCCAACGUGUUCUACUGGUUCCAGAACCGGCGGUCGAGGUCCCGCCGCCGCCAGCGACAGCUGCAGGCCGGGCUCGCCGCCGAUCCGAGAGCCGCGGCCGGUGCCCACCAAGUCGGCGGUGCAAUUAUGUAUGAACCCUGUUCGUCCACCUCCUCCAGCACAUCGACUUCCAAUUCUUCGAGUGGGGGCUUCUUUCCUUGCUCCUCUUCAGCUUCGUCUUCCUCCUCUAGUUUCAUGGGGGAUGACAGCGCCGACGAUCUCUUCUCGAUCUCUCGCCAAAUGGGUUUCGCAGACAAUACUCAAACUCCAUUCAUGUACUCUUCGGAUGUCUCGCAGUUACACUAUCAACCUGGGAUUAUCACCGUAUUCAUCAAUGGAGUCCCUUCAGAGGUUCCAAGGGGCCCAAUAGACCUGAGAGCCAUGUUUGGCCAAGAUGUGAUGCUCGUCAAUUCUUCUGGAGACCUUCUUCCUGUCAAUGAGUAUGGAAUUCUAAUGCAGAGCUUGCAGAUGGGCGAAAGUUAUUUCCUGGUUUCAAGGCCUACCUAGUCUGAGUUCAGUUGGAUGAAUAAAAGGAUGGUGGUCCUCGGCAACUCAAUUAACAAUAUAAGAUGGUGCAGUUUUAAUGUCACAAGAAAGCGAGCUUGCGUGCUUGCUUGCUUGCUUGCUUGCUUGCUGCUAUUGCAUUGCUCCUGUUACAAGCUGUUCCCUAAACCAUUGUGUUAUCACAUGUCAAUCCUGCUUUGGCUUGAGAUGCUGUAAUUUUCCACUUGUUAAACCAUGAUAUUCGGGUGCCCGAACUUAUUCUAGACUGGAAUAUUGUAUCAGUAUUAUAAGCAAAUUAAUUUUUUAAUGCUCUUGAAUU